GGGAUAGAAUCAUGUCACAAAUAAGAAGAAGAAAAUGACAAGUGGGAACUUUUGAUGGUCACUAUUUUCCAUUUAAUUUGGACACAAUUGAAAAUUCUUAAUUACCAAUACUGUCGUUGUUGACGUAAAUAAAACAUAACCCUUGCAUAUGUUUUUAUUAAGUUUCUAUUUCCAAUUCGUUUACUGACAAUAUUGAACUGCAAUAUUCCAUAACAACUUCGAGUUUGAAUUAAAAUGUCUAAAGACACUCAUAUUGAUCGAGAUUUAGAUUUGUCAAACGCUAAUCGUGGAGUUUGGUUGGUAAAGGUUCCUAAAUAUGUUGCAGAACGAUGGGAGAAAGCUCCUGGAGAAAUGGAAGUAGGAAAAUUGAAAAUUACAAAACCAUCAGGACAAAAGGCGCAGGUUGCCUUAACUCUUUCCACGGCAAUUCUUAAUUUGAACGAACCUGGACAAGAAAGCAUCCCUAAAGAUCACCGAUUAGAUGUCUCAACAGUAACUCAACAAACUUUGGGAGUGUUUUCUCACGCUGUACCAACAGUUGUCGAUCCUGUAGUACCUGAGACAGAGAAAUUAUAUUUGGAGGGUAAAAUAGUUCAAAAACUAGAGUGUAGACCAUAUGCGGAUACUUGUUAUAUGAAACUGAAACUUGAGUCAAUACGUAAAGCUUCUGUACCAACCAGACAAGUGAAGCAGCUGGACAGAGUUGUUCAGAGUUAUAAACCAGUGUCUGAUCAUAAGAAUAAUAUAGAGUACAUGGAGCGUAAAAAAGCCGAGGGCAAGAAGGCUCGUGAUGACAAGGAUUCUGUUCUUGAAAUGCUGUUUGCUGCAUUUGAGAAACAUCAGUAUUACAACAUCAAAGAUUUAGUGAAAAUUACCAAACAACCCAUUACAUAUCUAAAAGAAAUUUUGAAGGAAGUGUGUAACUAUAACUUGAAAAAUCCUCACAAAAACAUGUGGGAAUUGAAGCCUGAGUAUAGACACUAUAAGCAGGAAUCUACAGAAACGGAAGUGAAAAAAGGAUCCGAUGAUGAUGAUGAUUGAUUGUAUAGUGAAUAUUCUAAAAUGGGUGGAAUAAAAGCAGCCUACAUUCUUUGUGAUUUGUUAUUUUCAAAGAGUUAUUCAAUUUUACCACAAAUAUACUUAUAUCAAGUA